UUCAAAAAUAUGGCGGCCGCAGGCCUGCAAAGGAGUUUAGUGAAGAUACCCAUUACUGACUAUGCGUGAAAAUACUCUUCUGAACAAUGUCUGAUGUGGUUACACAAACCCAACUUGUUUUUCUGGUAGAUGUUAACAAGAAUAAUCACAAUUCUAGCCCAAACGAUCCAAACAGUUCACAAAAAUAUAUCAACACCAUUUGUUUGUCAGCUCUUAGAUUGUUAGUAUAUUUUGCAUCAGAAACUGAUGGAUUUCUAUCAAACAAAUCAUCAAAAUCCAAAGGUAAACAAAGUUCUUUGAAGUGGGGAUUUAAGUUUUUCAACUCAAGUCAUCACUAUAGUAGGGUAGGGGGACAUAUACUACGAGAUUUCAAAUUGAGAUAUUUUGAAGAAUUUGAGAAUGAUCUCGAAAGGAAAUUCGAAGAGACAUUCACUGAACAAAAGCCGGACAAGCCUCAUGUUGCCAGUGACUGUUUGCGUAAAGCAUUAAUGGAAAUAAUUUAUGACUUUCAAUGGGAGAAACCUGAUAUAACGUCACCGGUCAAACUAAGAAGAAAAUCUCUGGUAAAUCGUGACAAUGUACCGCAACACAAUAACAUGGUUUUUGUGUUCUCAAGAUUUCCAGAGAAUCCAACAUCUUUGCGGAAAUUCGCAGGGAAGAGAGUAAUUGAUGCCGAUGUUUGUUUAGAUUUGUUUAUGCCACAGAGUCUCCACAGGGAAUUCCAUGGCUUGUAUCAACUCAAGCUGUUCUGGAUUGAUUGCUUUGACGUUCUGACCAGACCCAGCGUAGAUCCUGAGAGUCUAAAACUAUUUGAGAAAACUCUCAACAAGAUCGGAGGCCAUUUAAUACCAGCUGAGAUUUUAGUCCAACUUUGUGAGAAGUAUGUUACAAACAUUGCAAGUUUUUUCCCUGUUGAGGAAUCAAAGAUUUCAACAGAUGGCCUUGAUCACCAGGAGCUCUCAUCGAAACAGGAAAACAGUGUAUCAGAAACAACUCAAGAAUCCUGUAAAGCAGGAGUUAAGAAAGAGUCAAGUGUAUUACGUCCAGUGUUACCUUUUAUCCCGGUUGUUUCUGAACUCUUAAGUUACUGUCAAAACACUGGAAAUCGAUCUGGAAGGGCUAGCAUUGGAGGGGAAGAAUCCGGGCUCUAAGAUCUUACUUCUGACACAAAAUGGAAAAACCUUUUGUGAUUUGGAGGUUGUCCCAAUGUACAAGCAUGAAAGGACUGACUUGCUACAGAAUGUAGAUAUCCAAACUUCUGUUGGAACAAACAUCAGAGAGGUGGAUGUCGGAGGAGACAACAUCCUCUCUCUGGAGGGAGACAUUCUCAGGAAACCCUUGCUGGCCAAGGGUGGGAUUGAGUCCUUGCGUGUGUGUGCAGUGUUUGUAACCCAGACAUGGUCUCAGCUGGACUGGACAGGACAAGAACAAUGUGUGUGUACAGCUGUGGGACCUGACAAGGCUUCAUGUGUAUUGUUUGAACAUUUACUUUCUCAGCUUCAUCAAGAAAAAAGUUGUUUGAUUUUAGAGGUCAAAGGUCAUGCCACUUUGGUGAUUCUGAAGCCCCUGACCACUUUGUCUGCGUCACUAUCACUUCUAAGUGUGGGACGUACACUAGCCCUAGAGAAAACCCUGUAUCAGGAAAGACGUAGUGAUAUAGACACAGAGGCCUUUGCUCUUCAGAAAAAUGAUGCACCGUCCUGGCCAGAGCUGGUUUCCCGACUAACAGAUAAGCAGAAAAUGUCCAAAUCUAGAACAGACCCCAACCAAGUUGGAGCUUGCUUUGACCCAAAAGUAGUAGGGAAAGCCUAUCUUCCUGGAUGUCACCAGUCAUUUGGUCGGCUGCUUGAUAAACUUAACCAAAGGAUUUCUCAAAUGGAUUUUCUGAAUCAAGAUGAGAAAAAGACGCUCGGAGAACUUCAAAGACUGUACAGAUAUGAAAACCAACCUCCACAUACACGUAGCCACAGUCAGCCAGGUCUACUGAGCCAGGAUUUAACCAAAGACAAGACAGCUCAGGAGGAGGGCAAGAAAGGUCAGGGGUCUGUAACCUCUCGGGGCGAGAUGAUGGUGACAAGAAGUCGACAGGCGGUCACUCAGAAGGGAAGGGAUGACAAGGACAAUUCCUCACUAGACAAUCGAUCCAAAGAUAAACCCAAGACUGACCAGUUGCUCAGUAAAGCAGAUUUUGCUGAUGAGGGGGAGUUAAUGACGUACCUACAGGAUGUGUAUACAGGCGCGGUGUGUAAUGGUACGCCCAGUCUCUCAGUUUGUUGUCAGACUAUUAUCACAGUGGCUCUACACUACAUCAAGGAGAGACACACUUCAAAACCUCAGGAGCGAUGUAUAAAGAUGUUAGAGCAGGCAAUAGUUUUGCCGCUUACUGGUCUCCGAGAGAAAUAUGUAAACAGCAAUACAGAUGCAGAAAAAAAGGAGAAAAUCAGAGAGUACCAGUUACAAAUCUUACUCCGACUGGAAUGUGAGUCGAUGCUGUCUGUUGAAGACGUGUCGGACGUGUCAGAAGCAGAUGAUAGAGUAGACCAAGUAGUAAAUCUACUGAGGACCCUAGGAUUUGUCACAGACCCGACAGCUUUGUCUGAGUUUAUGUCUGGUACUAUACUGGAUCUGUACGUACACUCCCUACCACACGUACUGGGGAGGAUUUACGAUGAUCUGAUGCAGCCCCUCCCCAGUGAGUUAGAGGCCAUCCUGUCGCCCAAUCACAGUGCUGAUCAGUCUGUCUUCAGUCAAUCAUUGUUGAAAUCUGACAACCCUGGAUCCAAUCAAUCUGGCAUGAACGACACAACUAUAUCACAACCUCCAUCCAACCAAUCAGAUGUUCUCCUGAAUCGACCAAAACGUAACGCCAGGAGACAUACUUUGGUCCACCAUCCAAGUUUAGCAGAGGUUGGACCCAAACGACAGAUCAUGGUAAAAAAAGUGGAAAAGAAGAAAGAGAAAAAGGACAAACAAAGCAACAAGAAAUCUCACCAUUCAAAGAAGAAGAGUAAGGAUCCUGGCAGUGGGGAAAAGGUUUGCCGUAAUCUUUUUGAAAACAAGAAAACCAAACUAGAGCGUCGACAGUCAGUUGCUGUAAUGGAAAAUAUCGGGUCACGCCAUCAUCAUAAACGUCUUCCUAAUCUUAAAAGUCCAAAAGCUUUGAAAUCACCCUUCAAAUCACCAACAUUUCGCAACAAAAAGGUACAUGAAACGCCUGCUCACAAACAGAAAUGCCAGGCUGUGUUUUCUCGCAUUGAGAAAGAGAGGCAUCGUUCUAGAAGUGUCACGAGUGUACAGGUAGUAGAGGAGUCACCAGUCAAGGCUUGUUUCCAACAAAGAGACAGUCCAUCCCAGAGAAAGAGAGCUAUGGCAAUGCUUCGGCGUUCUUUUUACUCCGCUGGACCCACGAAAAGGUCACGUAACUUGGUGAAGUAUUUCCAGCUGACGGAUCGUAUAGCGGGAAGGCCACCUGUAAAUCGGCUAAGCUUGGGUGCUUCACUUCAUGAUUUAUCAAACGAGUUUAAAUCACCAGAUAAAAACUCUUCACUCAUUUUCUCGCAGCUCAUAGGAAGUCCCACACCUCCAAAAUCGACACCUAACAAAAUGGUUAUCACGCCAGCGAAGCACCUUUUGGAAUCACCAAGUAUGCAUACACGAUUUAAGUCACCUGCAUGUUUGGAGGGAACACCGAAAAAACACAUUGUUGGUAAGAGCUUGUUGGAAUCGCCUUGCAUGAACACUCGAUCAAAGUCACCUGGGUUUAGUCUAGGUCUGCCAAAAGUUUUGUUUGGAGAUGGCGGCCCUGCAGUUAGAGAUCAGAUUGGCAGUUCCUUAUCAGAAACUCCCGUUAAAGAGUUCAAUAUGGUUGCCGAGUCACCAAGCCAGAAUACACGAUCUAAAAGCAUAGUCACUCCAAACAAGAGAUCUUCACGGGCAAAAAUGUUCUUAUUUAAAAGUCCUGAAAACAAAACCUCAUCAUUACAGUCUAUCUCCACAAAUAUAUCCUCAUCAAAAUGUCUGAAUUUAUCAAAGUUUGAUAGUGCAGAGAGACAAUGUGAUCAAAAAGAGGAAACAUUGGACAAAAGUGAGACAGGUGGUGUCAUUAAUUUAUCGUGGCUAGAGACAAAUGGGGCAGUCGGAGGAAUUAGUAUGAAAGAUCCUACAGCCCAGUCUACUCCAAGGCAGGAAAACAGAAGUCAUCACACAAAACCUCUGGCAGAGAAGACUCCUUCACCUAGAAAAUCAGCAGGGGUCAUAACAACACCUAGCUCAUUAGACAAGAGGCCACGGAGACAGAAACUCCAAAGUCUCUUUCAGUCUCCAAAGUCUUGUAAAACCAUGCAAUCACCACCGACCAGUUCGGAUUGGCAGAAUUUGCGACAGUCGCCAAGGUUAUCUAGUCGAACAUUUAACCUGUCCGAGUCUCCAAAAUCAGUGAAGCAUCAAGGAAAGUCGCCAAGAUCUUGUUGGUCUCAGAAGCGUUCUCUUUGUGAGAAAUUGUUAUCCUCUCCUAGGUCUGGUCCAGUAGAUGAAAACCUUCACAGUGUUUGUCGUUCUCUGUCUAAGACAGUCUCGCAGGGUGUGGGUGAUGAUGUUUCCGUGAGUACAAAGGCAGACAGUGUCUCGCAGGGUGUGGGUGAUGAUGUUUCCGUGAGUACAAAGGCAGACAGUGGGAGGGACUCCGUUACACGGACAUCACAGCAAUUUGAGGCCAUGGACACGGACAAUGAAUCCAUAUUCUCUGAAUUGUCACAGGGAUGUGUACUUUCUGAAAUGUCAUCUCCAUUUACAAGAAAACGAAGUUUAAGACUUUCUCCGGAGACCAGCAAAGUUUUCUCUCCAAAUAAGAGGAGGAGAGUGCAAUUGCAUACUUUGGACACAAAUAAAAACCUCUCAACUUCAUAUUGUCUGCACUCCCGUGUUUUAAAUAGACAAGCAGACUCUUUUGGUUCCAGUUCCGAUCCAGCAAGUCAAGGUUUCCAAACCGAGACCUUUCUGUCUCAGCGCAGUGUUCCCUCUUUGUCACAGUCUAGUGUCAACUCUGAUGAUUACUUUUCACUUUCUAAUGAUGAAGUGUUUCUGAGUCGUAAGCCUAAAGUGGUUGAGGAAACAGUUCGAUCAGAAUCUCCAGUGUUUGGUUCUGCCAAGAAAGAAAAACGUUCAAUAGUGUAUAAUGUCAAACCGAACAUACCAAUGGUCGACGAUCUUUCUUCAUCAACAAGUGCUCACGUAACGAGAAAUACACCAGCAUCCUCUACAAGUCCCCAUGGGACAAGAACCGGAAUGUCUGUGAGCCCUCGUAUCACCCGAAAUGAUCACUGCAGGAGUCCAUAUGUGCCCAGGAAAUGUCAAACACCAUCUGGUGCUGCUCUUACCAAACUGUCACCGUCCAAUCGUAAAUACUCGCCGAAUGUCUCUGCAAAGAGCCUGAUGCAUCUGAUCAACUCACCGUUGGUAACCUCACCAGAUGGUGAAGAACAGAGUCCUAGACUGAAUCAGGACAACUUCAGUGUGAAGCGCAAGAGACCACAGGGCAAGUCAAAACGAUCACUUGACAUGCACAAUUAGGUCACAUUAGUCAUACCUUAUAGAAAGACCAUCCCUAUUUAACAAUCCAAUCUAUUUACUGUUAAGAUUUCUGCAAGUCAUCAGUCCUCAAAAAACAGUUCAUACAGGAUAUGUUCAUGCUCUGACAAUAAUUUUCUGUUUAAAUUUUCACAGGACCAAAUGCAAGACUUUUACUUCAUUGUUAAAUUCACUCAUUUCUUAUUGGACAAACUGAAAGUAACUUAUAAUUAGUGGUGAAACCUGGUACAUGUGUUCAUUAUAGUGAUGCUCUUUUCAGAUUCCAUUUAUGUUCAAUGUCACCUCUAUUAAGGGGACAUACUUUGGAGAUGUUCAGAUGUCACCUCUGUUACGGGGACAUACUUUGGAGAUGUUCAGAUGUCAUCUCUGUUACGGGGACAUACUUUGGAGUUGUUCAGAUGUCAUCUCUGUUAAGGGGACAUACUUUGGAGUUGUUCAGAUGUCAUCUCUAUUAAGGGGACAUACUUUGGAGUUGUUCAGAUGUCAUCUCUAUUAAGGGGGCAUACUUUGGAGUUGUUCAGAUGUCACCUCUGUUAAGGGGGCAUACUUUGGAGUUGUUCAGAUGUCACCUCUGUUAAGAGGGCAUACUUUGGAGUUGUUCAGAUGUCACCUCUGUUAAGGGGGCAUACUUUGGAGUUGUUCAGAUGUCACCUCUGUUAAGAGGGCAUACUUUGGAGUUGUUCAGAUGUCACCUCUGUUAAGGGGGCAUACUUUGGAGUUGUUCAGAUGUCACCUCUGUUACGGGGGCAUACUUUGGAGUUGUUCAGAUGUCACCUCUGUUAAGAGGGCAUACUUUGGAGUAGUUCAGAUGUCACCUCUGUUAAGAGGGCAUACUUUGGAGUUGUUCAAAUGUCACCUCUGUUACGGGGGCAUACUUUGGAGAUGUUCAGAUGUCACCUCUGUUACGGGGGCAUACUUUGGAGUUGUUCAGAUGUCACCUCUGUUAAGGGGGCAUACUUUGGAGUUGUUCAGAUGUCACCUCUGUUAAGGGAACAUACUUUGGAGAUGUUCAGAUGUCACCUCUGUUAAGGGGGCAUACUUUGGAGUUGUUCAAAUGUCACCUCUGUUACGGGGGCAUACUUUGGAGAUGUUCAGAUGUCACCUCUGUUAAGAGGGCAUACUUUGGAGUUGUUCAGAUGUCACCUCUGUUAAGGGGGCAUACUUUGGAGUUGUUCAGAUGUCACCUCUGUUACGGGGGCAUAUUUUGGAGUUGUUCAGAUGUCACCUCUGUUAAGAGGGCAUACUUUGGAGUUGUUCAGAUGUCACCUCUGUUAAGAGGGCAUACUUUGGAGUUGUUCAAAUGUCACCUCUGUUACGGGGGCAUACUUUGGAGAUGUUCAGAUGUCAUCUCUGUUAAGGGGGCAUACUUUGGAGUUGUUUCGAUGUCACCUCUGUUAAGGGGGCAUACUUUGGAGUUGUUCAGAUGUCACCUCUGUUAAGGGAACAUACUUUGGAGUUGUUCAGAUGUCACCUCUGUUAAGGGAACAUACUUUGGAGUUGUUCAGAUGUCACCUCUGUUAAGGGGGCAUACUUUGGAGUUGUUCAGAUGUCACCUCUGUUAAGAGGGCAUACUUUGGAGUUGUUCAGAUGUCACCUCUGUUACGGGGGCAUACUAUGGAGUUGUUUCGAUGUCACCUCUGUUAAGGGGGCAUACUUUGGAGUUGUUCAGAUGUCACCUCUGUUAAGGGGGCAUACUUUGGAGUUGUUCCAAUGUCACCUCUGUUACGGGGGGCAUACUUUGGAGUUGUUCAGAUGUCACCUCUGUUACGGGGGGCAUACUUUGGAGUUGUUCAGAUGUCACCUCUGUUACGGGGGGCAUACUUUGGAGUUGUUCAGAUGUCACCUCUGUUAAGGGGGCAUACUUUGGAGUUGUUCAGAUGUCACCUCUGUUAAGGGGGCAUACUUUGGAGUUGUUCAGAUGUCACCUCUGUUAAGGGGGCAUACUUUGGAGUUGUUCAGAUGUCACCUCUGUUACGGGGACAUACUUUGGAGUUGUUCAGAUGUCAUCUCUGUUAAGGGAACAUACUUUGGAGUUGUUCAGAUGUCACCUCUGUUAAGGGGGCAUACUUUGGAGUUGUUCAGAUGUCACCUCUGUUAAGGGGGCAUACUUUGGAGUUGUUCAGAUGUCACCUCUGUUAAGGGGGCAUACUUUGGAGUUGUUCAGAUGUCAUCUCUGUUAAGGGAACAUACUUUGGAGUUGUUCAGAUGUCACCUCUGUUAAGGGGGCAUACUUUGGAGUUGUUCCAAUGUCACCUCUAUUAAGGGGACAUACUUUGGAGUUGUUUCGAUGUCACCUCUGUUAAGGGAACAUACUUUGGAGUUGUUCAGAUGUCAUCUCUGUUAAGGGAACAUACUUUGGAGUUGUUCAGAUGUCACCUAUGUUAAGGGGGCAUACUAUGGAGUUGUUUCGAUGUCACCUCUGUUACGGGGGCAUACUUUGGAGUUGUUCAGAUGUCACCUCUGUUAAGAGGGCAUACUUUGGAGUUGUUCAGAUGUCACCUCUGUUACGGGGGCAUACUUUGGAGUUGUUCAGAUGUCACCUCUGUUAAGAGGGCAUACUUUGGAGUUGUUCAGAUGUCACCUCUGUUAAGGGGGCAUACUUUGGAGAUGUUCAGAUGUCAUCUCUGUUAAGAGGGCAUACUUUGGAGUUGUUCAGAUGUCACCUCUGUUAAGGGGGCAUACUUUGGAGUUGUUCAGAUGUCACCUCUGUUAAGGGAACAUACUUUGGAGUUGUUCAGAUGUCACCUCUGUUAAGGGGGCAUACUUUGGAGUUGUUCAGAUGUCACCUCUAUUAAGGGGGCAUACUUUGGAGAUGUUCAGAUGUCACCUCUAUUAAGGGGGCAUACUUUGGAGAUGUUCAGAUGUCACCUCUGUUAAGGGGACAUACUUUGGAGUUGUUCAGAUGUCACCUCUGUUAAGGGGGCAUACUUUGGAGUUGUUCAGAUGUCAUCUCUGUUAAGGGAACAUACUUUGGAGUUGUUCAGAUGUCACCUCUGUUAAGAGGGCAUACUUUGGAGUUGUUCAGAUGUCACCUCUGUUAAGAGGGCAUACUAUGGAGUUGUUCAGAUGUCACCUCUGUUAAGGGAACAUACUUUGGAGUUGUUCAGAUGUCACCUCUGUUAAGGGAACAUACUUUGGAGUUGUUCAGAUGUCACCUCUGUUAAGAGGGCAUACUUUGGAGUUGUUCAGAUGUCACCUCUGUUAAGGGGCAUGUUUUGGAGUAAUGGUCUUCCUUUGGUGAUAAGGUUUCUUGAAUUAUUUGACUCUGUCAUAAUAAGAAUUCAGAUUAAGAGUAAAAACAUUGCUGUAGAAUUAAAUUGUAGGGGACUCUUUGAUUAUGUUGACAUGUUCUUUCAUUAAGAUAUUUUAGAUUAAAUAAAAGAUAGAAUGAAAUUGUACGAGACUGGUCUAAUUUUCUUGAUGGAAAUAUUCUUUCAAUAAGCUGUUAUAGUUCAAAUAGAGGUGUAUGUAAGUGCUAAAAGCUGUAAAAAUCAUGUUAUUUAUAGAAUUAACAUUAUUAGUUAUUAUAAUUGAUAUAAUCACAUGUUAGAAGUGCUACAUGGUGUAUUAGUAAGGGGUACACCGUACAGAUAUUUCAGUUCCCGGACAUUGCUACCAUGAUGUUUCAAUACAAGAUUUUGUGGUAUCCAUAUGUAACAGAAUUGCAUUUUGGGAACAACCAGAAAACAACAUGGCAGACAGGCAGUCAUCUUUGAUUUUAACAAUUAAAGUUUGUUAUUGCUAUUACUCAGUAAGUACUGAAUAGAUCUUUCUCAUAUUUCAUACGUAAGUUCCCCUUGGUCGCUAGUUGUGCAUAUUGCAUUUUGGGACUGAUGAGAAAACAAUAUGGCUGAGAGGAGGCCAUCUUGGAUUUUGGCAAUUGCAGGUUGAUUCUGCUAUAUAGUGUUAUAUAAAGUUAUUAAAUGUUUUGAAAGAAGAAUGAAAGAAGGGAAAAGAAGAGAAAAGAUCAGUCUUUGAUUUGAGUGAUAUAUAUCAUUCAAUGGUGGUGAGGAAUCUCUUGUUAUAUGGUGCUAUAUGUAUGAAAAGCUUAUACUUUGUUUUAUAUAUAAUAUAAUUACCUUAAAUUCUGCAAAUAAAUUCUAGAACGUGAAAUUCAAUAGAACAGAUCUUUUCUAGAACAUGAAAUUCUAUGGAACAGAUCUAUUCUAGAAUGUUAAAUUCUACAGAAUAAAUCUAUUCUAGAAUGUGAAAUUCUAUAGAAUAAAUCUAUUCUAGAACAUGAAAUUCUACAGAAUAAAUAUAUUCUAGAGUGUGAAAUUCUACAGAAUAAAUAUAUUCUAGAGUGUGAAAUUCUACAGAAUAAAUCUAUUCUAGAAUGUGAAAUUCUACAGAAUAAAUCUAUUCUAGAACAUGAAAUUCUACAGAAUAAAUAUAUUCUAGAGUGUGAAAUUCUACAGAAUAAACCUAUUCUAAAAAGUUGAAUUCUUCAGAAUAGAUCUAUUCAAGUGGAAUUCUAGAGAAGGGAUCUUUUCUAGAAUGUGAAAUUCUACAGUACAAAUCUAUUUUAGAACAUGAAAUUCUAUGAAACAGAUCUAUUCUAGAACAUGAAAUUCUACAGAACAAAUCAAUUCUAGAACAUGAAAUUCUACAGAACAGAUCGUUUCUAUGUACAAUUAUCUAUGUUUUGUGUUGUAUGGUGUGAAAUGACAAUAUUCAAUUGAGUUAUCUAUCCUGUAAUUAGCCAAAGGAGCCAAAUCAUAAAAUUGUAUUUCUACUGAACUGCAGUAGAGAGGGUUUGGAUUAUUACUAGGUAUGGACUUGCUGUUGGAUAUAUGUUACAUUUUUUAGAAAUGCAACAUACAAUAAUGGGGGACAUGGCUAAUGUAUCUAUUAAAAUAUUGAUAUCAAUUUUUUUACCUUAUUUUGCAUUUCCAAAAUAAAAAUUGAUUUCCUGUUAUUUUGAAUGUUAUUCUGUGUUUCUAUAAAAAGGAUGUCGUAUUAGUGAUAAUGAAUAAUUGAUUUAUGAUGGAAUAUUGAUAACUGUGUGUAAACAGGAAACUCAUUCAAUUGUGUCAAUAAUGUUGCUUUGGUGCAUGGCAGUUUUGUUUGCCAAGUGCUGUUUGAGAUAUUUUAUUAUGUAAUAGACUCAUAACAAAUAUAUUUACUUUUAUCAAUGUUCCAGGUACACGUUCAAUUGCAUUUAGUUAUGUUUAAAAAUAAAAUAAAAUCUCUAUUUAUUGAAGGUUGUAUAAACAGGUUUUUAUUGACAAGAUUUGUAGAGAGAUCUGAUCAGAUUCAGGAGUGUCUUCAUUCACGCUCUGUCUAGAUAUUUUAUAUAUACCCAGUGUAUGUAUACAAUUAAAGUUGCACGUCUGUAAAAUAUAAAAAAGUUUCUAGGGACUUUCUAGAAGUAAAAUAUAAAAAAGUUUCUAGUGACUUUCUAGAAGUCUUUCUGCUUGAUUCACAUGUCAUUAACUAUUUUGUAAAUAAAUAUCUGUAUGGAAAAGUUG